CUGCCAUUUUGCCUCAACGCCGCAAGCAAGAUGACCGGCGUCCGCCUCCAGCUGCUCAAGGUCGUCGACGGUGCGCUUAGCCGCCUCGAGCUCAACGAAGAGGCCAUCGAGUACCUCCGUGACAAGUACGACCCGCUCACGGUCUUUGCCUUCCUCGGCCCACAGGGCAGCGGCAAGUCGGCCUUUGUGCAAGAGCUCAUCCGUGCCGGGCAGCCCGAGGGCCACGCUGCCGAAUCCAUGGAACCAACGCCCGAGGACACCGGCGUGUGGAUGUACAUUGAAGAGACUGCGUACGAGCACGCCAAGCACGUGGCCUACUUGGACGUCUACGGCUACGGCGUCAACAAGCACAUUGAUGCGCAGCUCUUUGGCCUCACGGCGCUCCUCAGCAGCACCGUGUUUCACGUAUCGCUGGGCGCUAUCAACGAAAGCGUCUUUGGGCAGCUCGGGUUUCUCGAAGGCGCGGUUGAGGUCCUCGGCGAGAGCGUUGGUGGGCACCUCCCGCCAUUGCAGUGGGUCGUGCGCGAUCUACCGACGAAAGAGCUCAAGGCCAUUGUCGGCACGGCCGUCGAUCCGUCGGUGGACAUGGACCAGCUCUACUUGAGUGCUGUCUUGGACGCCAAGUCGAGCCCGUUCCGGAACUUGCUGCCGUGGCAGAUUAUCACAAACUACUUUCCCAAGCGGUCGUGCACGGUGCUACCCGCCUCGACCAGUCCAGCGUACGAGAAGAAGGCGGCCCGCCUCGGCAAAACGCUCGUCGAGAAAAGCCACGUUGCGAGUCUCCACGGCGUCCCGCUCACGGGCUCGAUCCUCGCCAGCGUCGUCGAGCUGCUCGUGGACCAGCACAAGGGCAUUCUUGACGUGCUCAAUGGGGCGUGGGCUACCAUUCUGCAAGCGGCGGUCCUCGACGUCCUCGAAGUGGCCAUCGGCACGUACACGACGUAUGUGGACGCCCAGCUGCCCAUGUCCAACGCGGACGCAGCGUCGGCAUCGAUCUCGCUGCCAUGCGACGCCAGUGUCCUGCAUGCAUUGCAUGGUGAAGCGUGCAUACGCGCGGCGCCGCUCCUCGCCCGCGCCGCCAGCAUGGGUGACGAGAGCGCAGCGCUCGCCGCAACCAUGUUCAAGACGCUCGCGAGCGAUCACAUUGCCAAGUGGCACGCGCGCAACGACGCGCUCUCCAAGUCGCUCUGCCGCAACUUGCUGAGUGCGCUGCAUACGGACGUCGAGGCGUCGAUCGCCGCCAAGCUCUCUCGCGACGAGAACGACCCGCUGCUGUUUUCCGACUUUAAAGGCCUCUUUCGCUUCUACAACAUUCAGGUCCAGCACAUGCUUGCGCAGUAUGCGACCGACGCCAAGGGUCCGCAAAAGAUGGCGCAGCUGGCUGCGUUUUACGCGACGUUGCUGCCAAAAUUCAUCUUGUACCUCACGGACCUCGGCGAACACCGUAUCGAGUCGGAAACGAUCGCGUCGACGCUCAUGCUGGACCGAAGCAAGGGCGCGCUGCAGCAAGCUAUGGAUGCCAAAGACACGGCCAUGGAGUCGAUCAAGGCCACGCAGGCCCACGUGCAAGCCGGCCUCGUCGUCAACGCUCGCUUGGAAAAGCGUCUCCGGGACGUUCUCGACGAUGCAUUGGAAGGCGUCUCGCUGCUCUACGACGCAGCCAAGCUCCAAGGCGAGUCGCUCGAGCGCGAAGCAUUUGUCAACGUCGAGCGCACGGCCGAGCGCGUGCUCGAAGUGACGCAAAAGACGCAGUCGGCCGACGACGAGCUCCUCGAAGGCUACCUCAUCAAGCAGGGCGGCGGUGGCGUCUUUGGCCGGAAGAACUGGAAGCAGCGCUACUUUGUGCUGCACCGGUCGCUGCUCUCGUACGCCAAGACCAAGGACGACUACGAGCGCGGCAAGAUCCUCAAAGAGCUCUCGAUCGUCGGCUGCGACGUGCGCGAGUCCAUGGACGCGGGCGAAGGCUUUGAGAUUUGGCCGCCGCUCGGGGGCCAAGGCACGGUCUACGACUACAAGCAAGGCAUGUUUGCCUCCGAGUCGACCAACGCGCGGCGCAAGGUCGACGCCGACUCGGACCGCAAGUUUUUCCUGCGCGCGUCGUCGGUCGAGGUCAAAGAGCUCUGGGUCGGCCGCCUCCGCCAAGCUGCCCAGCAGCCGCUACUGCACUAAGAUCUAAGACGCCUCCGAUUGUACAUACAUGUCACAUACAAACUAGUCGGUCGAUAUCAUGCUGCUGGGGGAGCUCUACCAUUCCGAGCUCACCAACCUCGACCUCGAUCUCGU